CAGCAAUGCUUCUGUAGUUUUAAUUUAAAACACUUAUUGUGAUAGCUAAUGACUUAAGACUAAGCUGAGUCGUAGUUUAUUCUGCAAUUAUUGAUUUAUAACAUACUAUUAUAAAAAGGUAGAUGACACACAUUUAGUAUAAAACGCUUUCAAAAUAAUAUAAACAGUAAUACAUAUGCACUAAUUGUGAAUAUUAUUAAAUACAAUAUAAUAUAAUUGCACCAAAACUCAACUGACAAGUUUGGUCUGGAGUAUUGUUUUUCAUAUUUUUAAUUAAAGAUGCAUUGAUCUGAAAAAUUUCAGAACCAUAUUGAUAUAAUUUAAAAAGAAUAUUACAUUUCUUUUUCUGAGUACAACAAAUAAAACAUGCAGCAGGUUCUUUGAUAGAGAUAGUAGAUUCGAAGCCAACACAGUUUCUGUCGUGUCUUAAGAAGUCUCUAAAUGUCUUUCAUUUAAUUAUCUCAACUUUAAGCCUUAAAAAUCUGAAUUAUGUUUAGAUUUUCCAUUAAAGUUCCUAAAUUUAAUUUAUUCACAUCCUACGUUUGCACAUCCUUUGUCAUUUUCUUUGACUCUUCUUAAUUUUUUACUUGAUUUUUUUGUUAGGUUGGUUUUGAGAAAUGCUCUGGGAGCAGCUAUUCCUUGUAUUUGUUGCAGUAAUUAGGCUGUAAUUACAGUCAUAAAACUGGCUUAGCGUUGUAUGUUUAGGGAUUGAAAAUGAAAACAUCCUUGUAACCUGAUCAACUACUAGCUCCUGCAGGAGAGUAUUUAACGAGGUCUGGUUUGAUAAAAACGGAUUUCAAUAGUUGGCUAAAACUUGUCAUUAUGAUGCUUACUGCAAGGGUUACUGUGUAAAAGGAGGUAAAGUUGGCUGACUUAAAUGCAAAACCCAUUGGAUCACAUCCCAGUCCCACAAAUACCAACAUAAAUUGACAGUUAUAUUUAACACAACUUUCUAAGUAAGUUAAGCAUAGGUUUUUGAGUAAUUAAUUUAAGUCACUUCAAUAUUUGUUUCUAAUUGAUCUAGGUCUCAAAUGUAAUUAUUAUUUACCUCCUAAAUGUUUUAAAUGUAACAUUUUAAACCUGCAAAAAGUCUUCAACAGAAAAUAAAGGAAUAACAAGAUUAUCUCCAUUUGUGUAUCAACAAAAACUGAAAAAAUAAAAUGCAUCAGAGUAUGCCAUAUUGGUUGAUGCGGUUAUAGACUGGAUAUAGUGUGAUUUCUUGGUUUUAAUAGAAAGCUCAUUUUUAAGUAUUUAAUCUGCUGAUCACUGAUCAGAGUUGUUUAAGGUAAAACUGACCAUUUUUGAUAUCUGGCUGAUUACCUGGUGCACCGCUACGGAAAUUGUCGAUCUUGGGUGUCAUGUAUUGUUUUUUUUAAAAGACAUUCAUGUUUUUAAGGGCAUAUUAAUGUAAAACAAAAAGACAAUGAAGCCCUCCCCGUGUCAGACCAUAACAUUUGCAGCUUUUCAUGAUGAGCAAAUAAAUGAAUAAGGAUUUUGUGGCACUAUUGACAAACAGGAGCUUAUUACUUACUUAUUAGUUACAGCUACAUUAUUAGUUUUUUUUAAAUGCUAAUCAACACUAAGAAUAAUUUCGUAAAAACUGGUUUGCAUAAUUGGGUUUAGUGCUUGUUAUAUUCAUCUUACAUAAAUUCGUUUGUUCUAAAAUGCAUGAGAACUGAGAUUUAACUGUCUGAUAUAUCCCCAGACAACCAGUGAAAAGGGGCGUGAAGUGUAGGGUAAGGUUUUAGGUCCCCAGCAGGGCUGGUUCGGGUUCACUUCUGCCCCCCUGUGGAUAAAACAACCACCGCAUGGGAGCUUGCAUAGUGCCACCAAGGUUUGUGAUUAACCUUACGCUCUUGGUCUCUCAGGGCAGACACACAGAAGUCGGACAGCGCUCUCACCGAGGCAUGCUGCCGCUCGGCUGUCACAUCCUACAACCACCACCACCACCAUGGGCGAGUGCAAUCACUGUAUGCGGGAACGGGCUUUAACCGUGGAGGACGACGUGACAGUGGCGUUCCACAAAGUUGUCAGCCAUGACAACCAGAGCCGCUUCUGUAACGACCGAGAAGAAGACGCACAUGACGAUGUCGAGCAGACAGAGGAGACUGUUCAUCUGCGAACUAACUGUUUUAAGGAUGAAGAUGCCGAAGAGGAGCAGGGGACGAGAGGAAGCGAAACUGUACUGGAAGGCAGCGGGAAGGAAACGCUGCUGUGCCUACCGGCGUUUUGCGUGAGAGGCAAGAAGACCGCAUCUUCCGAAGAACAAAAAGUACCUGCGGAGAAACCAAAGAGAUGUCCCGGUCUGGGUUUGUUCUAUGCUUUCCUGUCUACGGUUUUCUUCUCCAUCAUCGCCCUGCUGGUGAAAACCAUCCAUGGAAUCCACGCCAUUGAGAUCAGCGCCAUACGCUGCUUCUUCCAGAUGCUUUUUGUUAUGCCGUUACUCAUCUACCACAAAACAGGUUUCCUUGGUCCCCGAGAUAAACGUAUUUAUCUGGUGCUUCGGGGUUUCCUUGGUUCCAAUGCAAUGAUCCUGCUCUACUAUGCAGUUCAGCAGAUGCCACUGGCAGAUGCCACUGUCAUCAUGUUCAGCAAUCCAGUAUUUACCUCGAUCCUGGCUUGGAUUUUCCUCAAAGAGAAAUGUACAAUCUGGGACUGCGUGUUCACUGUGUUUACCUUAACCGGAGUCAUCCUCAUCGCUCGGCCGCCGUUCCUUUUCGGCGAGCAUCUCAGCGGCAUCGAAGACAACUACACUAACCACGUCAAGGGAACUGUUGCCGCCUUUGGAGGCGCGAUUGCAGCUGCUUUCACUAUUGUUGUUCUGCGAAAGAUGGGGAAGAGCGUCCAUUACUACCUCUCUGUGUGGUACUACGCCGUCAUUGGCCUCAUCGAGUGCGUUAUCAUUGUAUCCAUUCUCAGCGAGUGGAAACUUCCGUCCUGUGGCCAAGAUCGUUGGAUCCUAAUGCUGAUUGCUGUUCUGGGCAUCACUGGCCAGACCUUCCUCAUAAAGGCGUUGCAGAUCGAGAAGGCUGGACCUGUGGCCCUGACGCGGACAGUGGAUGUAGUACUGGCAUUUUUCUUCCAGUUCAUUUUCUUUAAUCGUGCGCCGACAUGGUGGAGCCUCGGAGGGGCGCUGUGCGUCGUGUUGAGCACCAGCGGAGUGGCACUUAGGAAGUGGUAUGACAGCUCUCGCAGGAGCUGAGAAAAGGAAUACAUGUAUAGGUACCAAUCAGAUGUUUGCUUACACUUAUCAUGGGCAUGAAUUACAUACUAACUUGACCUUUUUAUGAUGCAUUUGAAAUAGUCCUUUUUCAUCAUUGAAUUCAUAUACAAGAAGCAACUGCAGGGGUUUAGAAACAAUUUUGUGAGUUUAUCUACUCCACACAUGAUUUAAAUUCUCCAUACAGGGUCAAAUAUAUACAUACACCGCCAUUUAUUUAGAUAAACCGUCUCUUAGCAAGUUGCAGAGAAACCCUAACAUUUUGGCAUAAUUAUGACUAAAUAUUUCACUUCCCUUUUUACCAAAUCUAUAUAGUUCUUUUAAAAUUUGUUUGGUUUCAUGCCAUGGGCCUGGCUUUUAAGCCAAUUGUUCAAGCUUAAUGUUUGGUAUCAUUGUACUUUUUGGAACAUUCAGUUACAUCCAAGUAUCAACAAUCUAGCUAUUGACUGCAGGUGAUGUUGAGUUAUUUGGAGGAAGUACUGCAUCUUCAUUAUUCCACCUAGUUUAUACAAUACACUAAUACUUCUAGGAGCUAAACAAACCCACAGCAUGAUGUUGCCACCACCAUGCUUGACAUUAUGUGUUAAUUUUAGGUUUGACUCCUCCAUACAUUCUUAUUGUCUUGUUGGACAAAAAGCUCAAUAUUUGUAUUCUCUGGCUAUAAAUCUGCAGAAGAGAUUGGGCUUGUUCAUGCAGGCAGCUGAAAAUUUCAUUAAAAUUUAAAGGUGUUGAUUUGGGAGAAAGGGUUUCUUUCUUGGUGGUACCCCCUCAGUUCAUGUUGAUGUGAAACUGGCUGUAUUGCGGACAAUGACUCUGAAAUCCCAGCAUCUUCUUUUCUUUCAUCAGAGGUUUAUUUUUUGGGUGAGGUGGUCGAAACUUUAAUAGAAUUGAUUGUUCGAACUGGAAGAUAAUUAUUUCUUCUUUUUAAAAAUCAGUAAUGUUUUAUAUUAUACCAUCAUGCCUAGAAAAAGGAACAGUUCUAAAACAUCAUUAAAAGCCCAAAGUUAUUGACAUUCAUGUCCAUGAUGGGUUUUCUGACCGAUAGUUCAUUAUUUUCUUUUUUGUUAGUUUACCCUGUACUUUGGUACCUAUUUAAAAGCAGAUGCAAAUGCAGACCACAUUUACAAGUGGUCACAUAUGAGUGUGAGUUUGUGAUAGACUGAGUGUGAGUUUGUUGAUUCUCAAGAGUCAACUUGUGCAGUUUAUUUUAUUGUGUGCAUUUAUUUUGCAUAAAAUCAACUGUCUGCAGGGAAUAAGAGGAGGAAAAUUCUUUAAAAGCAAUAUCCUGCUAUUUGUAGGUAGCUUUCCUAAAUGAAAUGACAAGUUCUUAUACUCUAGUUUAAAAUGAUUGAAACAGUUUUAGAAGAUGCCCAAUGUCCCAUUUUUCUUUUACUUAAAUAGAAGGCCAAAGAGAGACCAUUUUUGUUGAAUCACAUUACUUAGAAAAAUACUAGUUUUUAUUUAUUUUAUAGUGAUUUGCAUUAGGCUCUAAUGAGAUGAGGUUAUUCAAAAUAAAAUCUCAGCAUUAGCUAAAAAAUUAUAUCCUAAAAACAGUCUUUUAGUGUGAUUCCCCUAGGGGUUUACAAUGUUUUUUUUUAUAAUGCACAGAUUAUAAAUGCACCUAAAUGCCACCCAAUUAUUUUCCACCUCUGUGCUAUACUUAAAGUGCCUUAUGUAGGGAAAUUAUACUAAUACAAAUAAACAAUCAUAAAAGACAGCUACGUUUGCAUUAUUUGGCAGUAUUAUUAAAUGUGUAAAAUGCCUUAAAUUAAUACAUUAUUUUUUUUGCUGUACAAUACUUCCACACUUGAGCUCAGACCUUUUAUUUCAGCAAAUGUGUUGAAAAUGGGGGUAAAAAAAAUCCUACAGCAAGAAAUACUGUACAUCUGCUUUACUUGAAUGUAAUAUUCCUUUGUAUUUUUAAUAAUCAGGGUCAUAUGUGUACCUCCCCGGAAAAAUCCUCAUAUACAUUUAUUUUAUAGGGAUUGUUACUGGUGCCAUUAAAUGUGGCAAGUGGUCUUUUUUUUUAGAUACAGCUAUUUUUCCUAUUGUUGGAUUUUAUUACCUAUGGAAUAAAAUUAACUAGGGGAACAAAAAUUCUACAGCUUUCAGGGUGAUAUUAUACUAAACAACAAUAAAAGAUUCAUUUGUUUAAAGGCUUUUUUACAUCUUUGCCAGCAGAACCAAGUCGACUAGAGGACCCUGUAAUCUACCUGCAAAAUAUCCUUUACAUGGAAAUGCUUACAGGCCACACUGAUUUCCUUCAUCAGUGUAUUUCUAGCACUUUAAGAUCAUCUAACAUGCAAUCAGUAAAACUGGAGUAGUUCAGAUGUUUUGUUUGAAUGUUUUUCUCAGUUAACAUGAGCUAUUCUGAACAUGGCACCUUAUCACAUGAUCAGAGCUUCACCCACUAGAAUACCAAAACGUUUUGCAACAUCUGCAACACAAUGGAGCUUUUAUAAAUACGGUAAUUUCUGUUUUAAUUUUUCUUAAAAACAAAACAGAAAAACAGAACCAGUUUUUUCAUCCAUAUGGCAUUUGACUGACCUCAGACAUUUAAGUUGGUUCAUUUAAACAUGCUCCUAACAUAACCCAGAUCAUUGAGUUUAACAGUGGAGAAUCACAACGUGACUCUUCUUGGGCUAAGUUGUCACUGUAAGUAGCAUUUGUUACUGCAUAAAUAAGUUAAAUUCUCAGAAAAUGUAAACACAUUUCCUAAAAAAAUAUAUCAAAGCAGAGCAGUUCUAAAUGCAAUGAUGUUUAUUUAUUUGGAUUUUAAAAGGUUGACAUGUGUAUCUCUAAAGUAAAAUCCGUUCUUACAUGUAAGCCUUAUGUUUAUCUCAGACAUUGUUGUGCAGUACAAUAACUAUUACCAUCUCAGCGCAGCUUUAAUUCUUUAUUUGACACUGUUUAAUCUGGGAGAAUGUAACAAAACAGUUGAUGAGAUUACUACUACCUGGCUGCUACUUCAUAUCCCAAAGUUUCUUCGUUUAUACAAACUUUAUUCAUGUUAGACCUGUUAGGAAAUGUUUCAGACCAACUGUACAGGUGAAAUUUGUCCAUUUAUACAGUACAUCCUGUCACAACUCCUUGAAAUCUGAGUUUGCACAAUUCAGCUUUAAUAAAAUCAUAGGUCGUUGGUGACUUGUGAUCAUUUCUCUCCCAUGUGCCUUCUGAAGGAAGGAAAACGGAAUAUGUAUGGAAUAGACAUGGUGCAUGUGGUCACUUUAACAAGAGAUGCAACUCACUCUAUGCAGGUAGAAAGUCUUGUAUUAGAGUAACUCAAGAGUUGAUCUGAUUUGAUUGCUGUUUCAUUUGCUGUGUUUUUUUUAUUUAUUAUGCCAGCAUAAACUGUUAGAUCAGAACACUUAGGUUUAUCAUUCAGCUUAAUUAAAUUGCCGCUUAAACAACAACUGGGGUAUACCAUUCAAUAAAAGCAAAGCAGUUAUAUUAGUAAAAUCUUAUAAAAAGCAUUACAUGGACACAUCUAGUAACACAGUUUGUGCAAUUUUUUAUACUGAGCUUCAAACUCUUUUCUAUUUCUGUAUGUCAACCAACAAAUUGUUUAAAAUGUAUGUAUUUCUUCCUAGUUGCAGAGGAUUUUAGUAUAUUAUUUUUUCAUAAUAAACUCUUUCAAUUUACAAA